UGAUAAGAAUAGUGUUGCAAUUGCUGAAAUCUAUCUGCGGUUUUCCCAUUAAUGUGGAUUAGCCAACAAUAUAUAGGUCUAUUAAUAUCUGUUUUAAAAUAAAAUUACGGGGGUAGAAUGUGGAUUAGUGUGAGAUUAUACUCGACAAAGGAUAUGAGAACAAGUGCUAAUUUGUUUUUGACGUAAAUCAAGCCAGUGUGUCGACAGCAACUUGCUCAGUCUGCGACAUGUGAAGUGAUAUCAGCCCAGCCGAUUCUCCUACACAAAAUGUUAACCCGCACAUACUUCAGCGCUUAUCAUCUCCUUAGCAAAAAUCAAGCUUUAGAGUGCAGUUGAGUUGUGGCGAAGCACUUGCGAACAAUGGACUUGAAUGACUUGAUUCCAAAAUGCGCCUCUGAAAAUGGAGCAGAGCAGGAUAAGGCAGUUAAAAUUCCAAAUGGUCACCCACCUUUAAGUAGUAAGCGAAGCGUUUACUUGAGGAGUCCACUUUCUCUGACAAAUCUUGCAAUGGAUAUUGUUUUGAAAAAUAGAGAUUUUUAUGAAAAUGAAUACGAAAAUUUCAAGGGGUUUGAAUUAUUAGCUCCGUUCGUUCUUCAAACGCUGAUUGAGUACAUUAACGCCAGAAUAGAUCGUUUCUUAACGGCAAAGUUUACCAAGAUGCUCUUGAAUGAAAAUACUCACUUUGCAUGCAUUGCAAAUGUUGACGAGAAGCACAGAGAGGAAGUCUAUAAAUAUAUGAUCAGACAUUGCGGUCCGCGCUUGAAAAUAAUAGAAAACCUCUGGCUGGACUCUAAUUUAAAAGUGUCAGUGUGUGACCUUCUCAAGUUUAAUAAUUUAGUAAAACUUGAGCUACUACAACUAGAGUGCGACGACGAGAUUCUAAAAACCAUCAGCAUCAGUUUUCCGGAGCUGAGGUCUCUGGCCGUGACGUUUAGAGAAGAUGAUGUUUCUGAGGAAGGAUUAGCUUUUCUGCGAAAUCUGGAAGUGCUUGAAAAACUAGCCUACCGGGUGGAUGAAAAUGAUCACACGGAUUACUUGCGAAUGCUUCAGAGGCUUAUGAAAGACUUUGAACUGAAUUGGGAGAUUAAAACAUUUUAUGUGAGUGGUAUUAGAAGAAAAGUUUCUGUGGAAGAGGAUAAUAGAAGCAGUAGCUCGGACAAAAAACCAGUUGCUGGCCGAAUCGGUUCGUACAUUAAGAAAAAAUUUGUGCGAGCAUUUUCAAAGGAAGGCGGGAUGUGAAUAGAAAAGCCAUUUAAUUAUCUGUGAUCCAGAUUUUAGAUAAUGCCAUUUUAAUCCCUCUAAAAGAGCAGUACAGUCAAAUGAGUAUUUAUGAUAUGGCUCCACUACAUAAUCUUUCAAUUUAAUUCCUUAAAAUUUGUGUACAAUAUUAAUAUUUUACUGCCAAACAUCAAACACUUUGUGCUCAUUUUUGUGUUGUGCAUGAAAUAUCUCAUUGCCUUACAGUUAUUACAUUUAUUAAAGAGAUUCUCAAAAUUUAACUUGAAUAAAGAUUGUGAGUACAAUAAACUAUUUUCUUUUGAUA